AUGGCCAGUCCCAUCGGGAAUCUCAUUCACCCUCCGGACCCCCCAUACCGGCAGGGGUCGGGCCAAGCUGCCGGCAUAGACUCGAUUCUCCACAGCCAUCAACCUCAUCCGGGCCCGAGUCCGAUCCACCAUCUCGGCCCCAUCGGCAACCGGCCCGGACUUGGGUCUGGGUUGUCUCUUGCUCCAAUAUCCAUGUCCGGUCCUUCUCAUCCCAUUCCGCCGCCAUCACAUCUUCCCUCGCAAGCCCAUCAAGCAGGGUCCACGCCAGCAAGACAACAACCAUUGCCGUCACCGGUUCAUAACCCUCCUCCACCACCUUCGAGGAGUCACUCUAACACACAGUCACUUUAUCAAUGUGCCGAUUGUUUACGACGAUACUCCCGGCCUGAACACCUACAGAUCUGUUCAAAAGCCUUUGCCCGGGCUGAUCUCCUAAAGCGUCACCGCACCAACCAUCAAGAUGAUAAUGGAGCCAAAAGGAGACGCAUGAACUCCUCGCCUGGCGCUGGGCGAGUGACUCAUGCUUGUCAAGCUUGUGCAAAAGCGAGGGUGAAGUGUGAGGAGAUGAAACCAUGUACACGAUGCAAAAACCGCGGGAUAACGUGCGAAUACGCUUCCUCCGAAGAUGCAGCUUUGCACCUCCUUCAUCUAUCCGCUCACAACCGCGCUGAGAGUUAUCACCAAGAGGAUAGACAAACUCCCUACUACCAACCACCACCACCAGCUUCGAUUUCAGAGCACUCACAGGUUGCCACUCAUGCUCCCGUUUUCCAAACACAUUUUACUUCGGAACCAGUCGAACACAGUCCCAUGCUCACCGAAAGCGACGAGUCCCAUCUACCGACUCCCGAAACGAUGAUGGACCAAACUCAGACUGCCAACCCAAACCCAGAACAAGCCUUCCAAGUCCAAGCAACUUACCCCAACAACACCACAAGCAGUAUGCUCGACGACAUGGCCAAACUCCCCUUUUCCGACUUUCUUCGGGACGUCUUGUACGACCAAUCUCUUUCCCAGGCUCAAGGCCUAGCCGUCCUCGACUUUUGCGACGACUCCAGCCUUGAUCUGAAUGCCAUGGACUUUGGGUUGUUGGAUUCCUGGUUACAUGAUCAACCGUUUAUUCCGCUUCCUCCCUCUUCGGAUCCGGCUCAACUCGGCCCGGGCUCGGGUCCAGUCCCAGUUUCGUCGACAACUGCUACAACAACAGCGGAAACAGAUCAAACAAGCUCGGCGGAUCCCGUGGACAUAUCCGCCAUGCGAUCAAAACUAGCUCAGAUAUGGACUGAGUCUCCUUGCCGCUGGUCGCCGCAGAGGACUGAUAAUGUUUAUGCUGAGCAAUCGCAUUUGCCUCUGACUACAUGUGGUGGAUCCUCUCCGCCUUCCUCCUCCCCCACAUCGGCAUCAAAAACCAAGUCGUCGACCAACCCUCCUCCCCCCUCACAGACCGACAACAACAACAACAACAACAACAACAACAACAACAACAACAACAACAACAACAACAACAACAACAAAGCAAACCCCCAAACCCUCCACCCCUCCGGCCGUGACCUAAUCCUCUCCAUAGUCCUCUCCAUCUGCAAAUCCAACUCGUCCCAAUUUUCUAGGGUUGCCUCCUCCUUCCCCUCUUCCGGGUCCAUCAACCAUUGGAUCCACAUCUUUUUGGCUUCGCACUUGUGUUCCGUGUCGAGUUUCAUUCCUUGUCACUUGCCCCCUUCUGCUUCGACUUCCACUUCCUCCUCCUCUUCUGGCUCCGGCUCUGGUUCUGGCUCCAACUCCGGCUCAAAGGACCGCUCCAGCUCCAGCUCCAGCUCCGGCGUCGGCUGCGCCUCCACCUCCACCUCCGCCCCCGUCUGGUCCCUAAACGCCCAACCACCCGAAUGGCUCGCCAUCACCGCCGCCUGUGGCGCCGUCCUCGCGCCCGUGCCCGCCCUGCGCAAAUUCGGUUUUGCCCUCCAGGAGGCGGUUAGAGUGAGCAUACCCGGCCGCUUCGAAGAAAACAACACCAAAGUCUCCGAUUUGGGGUUAGUCCAAGCAUUAGUUCUCACGCAAGACCUCGGCGUCUGGUCAGGCAACCGGCGCAAAAUGGAGAUAGCCGAGUGUCACCUCACUGUGCCCGUCGCUAUGAUGCGCGGACGGGGCAAGUUUACCCGCGGUGCUUACUUGCCGGCUGUGGUGGUCACAGAAGGGGAUGAGGGGGAAGAACUAGAAACAAAAUGGAAGCGCUGGAUGGAGAUGGAGGCCUGGAAACGACUCGCGUUUCAUGCGUACCUUCGCGAUGCGCAAGUGAGUAUGACGCAGCUGGGUAAUCCCAGCAUCAGCUACGCGGAGAUGAGGAUGCCGCUGCCCGGGCCGAAGGGGUGUUGGUUUGCACGAACCAAAGAGGAGUGGAAACGUCGUUGGUUGGAGGCGGAGGAAGGGGCGAGGAGGGCCGGGGUGGGAGGCGAGCAGGUACCCUGCCUGGGGGAUUUGUUGAGGGACGUCAACCUUUUGGCACAGCACCACCACCGACUAGACGUCCAGUUCGCCAUAUCCAUCUACCUCCAUGGCUUCUGGAGUUUGGUGUGGGAAUAUCGCCAGUUGGCGUCGCUUCACAGGCCGCUUUUCGGUCAGCCGAGUUCUUCUUCUUCCCAUACCUCCUCCCUAGGGGUAGGGGCUCUCGCCAACCCAACCACAACCACAACCACCACCACCACCACCACCACCACCCAAUCCAUCCUAAUCUCCCGCCUCGCCGACCUCCGCUCCACCUUGCACACCUUCCACUCCCUCAUCACCCCAGGCCCAGGCCCAGAUGGCCCAAACCAAAACCCAUCAUCCCCCCUCACCCAACACACCACCCCCACCGAACUCCUCCUCUACCACCUUCUAUUAAUGCACAUCCACGUCUCCCUCGAAGACCUCCAGCUCUUCUCGGGCAAAGAAGGCGAAGAGCAAGCCAAACGCAUCUACCCCGUGCUCCAAAGAUGGGCAGACCGUCCCGAAGCGAGACAAGCGCUCUGGCAUGCCGGGCAGGUACUCAGGUGGGCGAAAGAGUUUCCGAGGGGUCACCUUAGAGAGUUUUGGGCGGCGGCAAUGCACUUGGGCGGGUUGGUGGCUUGGGGGUGGGGGGUUUUGACGGCGAGGGGUGGGGGUGGGCAGGAGCAGGGAAUGAAGGAGGGUAUAAGUAUUAGCAAUGAGGGGUAUGGGUAUGGGUAUGGGUAUGGUGGGCGGGAGUAUGGUGGCCAGGCCCAGCAGCAGCUGCUGCCACUGCCAUCCCAAGGACAUCAUGAUGGACAGCCGCAGCAGCACCACCAGGGAUCGCAAUACGCAGGUUAUGGUCAGCAGCAGCAACACACCCACACCCACCAUCAUCAUCCAGCAGAGCACCAGCAGCAGCAGCAGCACCAAAUGUCAAGCUACAUGCAACAAGUCAUGACGCCCUCAACCAUAUCCAUCACAUCCAGCACCCACACCCACACCCCUGGAGCAACAACCACCUCCUCCUCCGGCGCAACACCUGCCAGCGCCGCAACCCCAGCUACAACUUCAUACACUCCCUCCACAACCACCCACUUCUCCUCUUCUUCCUCCUCCACGACUCCCAUCGUCUACCUAGACGGCACCCAGACCCCCGAAGUCGAUAGAUUCAUCCAACACAACCAAGGCCGCCCCGCUCUCUCCUCUUCUUCCCCCUCAUCUUCUUCCACUUCCACUUCAUCCCACCACCACCACCACGAGAACUUCGAAAAAGAAAAAGCAGUGCCUCUAGAUGACAUCGCAGGCUGCAUGUCCAUCUGCCAAAGUAUUCUUCGGGACAACUUCCCCAACACCGACGGCGAUGCUUCCCACCUCCCGGCCAUCAGCGAGAACAUCAUUGCUUUGCUGGGGAAGUUGGGGGGUGUGGCGGGGGUUGUUGGUGAUUCGAGGUCUGGGUAG